GUGCGCGGCGGUGCCGGUUGCCGAGCAGCGGGACGCGUACGCCGAGAGACCGUCCUUUCGUCAAGAAAAAUCACCGUCUGCUUUUUUGUCGCUGUUCUGUUUUAGAGAUCACCGCGGAGAAGGAUGACGGCGGGCUCUGUCUCAGUGCCGCAGGUCAUACCCCUUCGGGUCCCCCUUCCAGGGAAGGCCAAGCGCCGGAUAGACAGCGGCACUCGGGUGGAAAUCAAGUCAGGUACGAACUGCAGCUUUGCCUCUGCGAAUCGCUUUCUCACGUGACCGUUUGAACGCCUCCAUACUGUCGUUUGCAGGUAAUUAUGGUCUUCACGAUCCUUACGGCCUCCCUUAAGUAACCUGGAAUAUUCACGGUUGGGAUACACCAAAUGUAGCUGCACGGGCGUUUAUUUUUUUACGUUCAAACGGUCUGACUGACCCCGGGGUUACUUUGCAAGCACGCGGUGCCAGGCCCACCCUAAAGGCCGUCCCUGCGGCCCUGAAUCGCCGCCGGCCAUCAGGGCAGGCAGUGCUUUCUGUGGUGCCGGAACAGACGGGUUGCUGCGGUGCUUUCCUGCAAAACCACCAUAAAGUGUGGCUGCUUUAUGAAGAGAAAUAUUGCUAAUGAAAUCGCGGUCAUUUACUGAACAGGUUUGCAUGGGAGAAACGGUUUUGGUUCUGAACUUUUAUGCAAUUGCUUCGUUGUGUUUACGGGAGAAAAAGUGCUGAGCGCAGUGGAGUAUUUCCAGGGUUGUAGAGAUGGCUGUUUUCUUCCAGCUCCUGCACAGUUUGGCUAAUUACUUUCUCUGUGUUGUUCAGAUACACCUGAGGUCUCUAUUUAUUACACUUUAGAUGGAAGUAAACCAGAACUUUUUAGGAAACCUGGCUAUGGAGAGCAUAACACGUUUAAGUAUAAGAGUCCUAUCACGUUACCAGUCGGGAAAAUAACAGUGAAGGCUCUCGCAGUUACCAAGGACUGCAGGGAGAGUGCUGUUGUAACAAAGGUGUUCCUAGUAGAGUACAAGCAACCAAACGUCCUCUUCUCUAUGGAAGACGAUGACAAGAAGUUCCUAAAAGAUGUCACAACACAGGAGAAGGAAGAUGGAACGUUUACUACAAAACCAAAGAAAAAUGGGAUGGAUGUGGAAAUCAAGCCUGCCUGGAGUGAAACAGCCCAGGAACGUCAAGGUAACUCUGAAAAACAUCUCAGACGACAAAACAUCUUCUGAGAAGUCCGAUCGCCAUUUCUCAACACUGGAAAACUUGGAAACAGAAAUAAAGACUGAUCACAAAUCCCUGCAAGGACCACAGCUCCUGAGCAGCCCUUUGGGAACAGCAGGGUAUGGAGAGGAAUCCUCAGUACUACCAACAGAGUCUCUACAGUUUGCCAGUUCUGCAGUGCCCAGCCGGAAGAGCCUAGCAAGCACGCAGGUGGCAAAGAUCCAGAGGGAGAGAGAUUUCCUCAGAUGUGCGUACUGCUCUGCACCUCGCCUCUCUGACCCCUUGGCUCACUUCUGCCAGGAAUGUGGCUCUCCUAUCCCACCUGUGUCAGUGCAUCGCUUCCCAUCCCCUGAAGGAGCACAGAUGGCACCAUGUCUUGGAUGCAGACAUCUCGUGCCAAUGAAUACACCCACUUGCAUUGUGUGCGAGUCACCAAUUGAUCAACAACUGCAGCCCCAAACCAAUACCUGCUUUAAGGGCAAAGUAAUUUGUCAGGCAUGUGGCACAGGAAAUCCUCUGCACCAUAAACAUUGUGUGACCUGUGAAAGCAAACUGCCUGAAACACAGACGUUAGGAUCUAUGUUCAACCUCGGGAAGUUUCAGCUGAAAAAAAUCUUUCUUUUGCAUACCCAUCCCAUGCUGCGAAGAGAUCCCCCCCCACCUUACACCAGUCAGCAAGGGAAGACAGUAUUCUGCUCAAAAUGCAAUCGUGCGAACCACUGUGAUGCACGUUUCUGUGACUGGUGUGGAGCCAAGCCUGACCCUCCUCCAUGCUACUUUACUUGUUUCAAGUGUGGUACAAAAACUCGUCCAUAUGCUCGGUUCUGUGGGUCCUGUGGUGAGUACAUAGAGCCCCCAGCAAGGUUGAGUUCUCAAAAUGAAGUUCUUGUGGAUUCUGAAGACUCGAUGAGGUUUUCUGAGGCUAAAUCAAUUCAAGCUCAAAUUGCCUGGCACCCUCUUCCUACUUCCUUGUCCAAAUCAGGAGCAGAACUAAAGGAAACAGAAGAUAAAGGAACCCAAACCGUUGGACUUUUUUACCCGUCUAGCAAACUGCUGGAAAAGAAGGAACUUGAGCUGGUUUUACACAAAGAAAAGCUGCAAAAGAUGAGUGAUCAUAAGCCUCUCCUGACAGCCAUAAGUCCUGGAAAAGGCUACUGGAGAAAACAGCUGGAUCACAUCUGUGCUCAUCUUAGAAGCUAUGCCCAGAACAACCUUGAAUUCAGAGCACUGGUUGGGGAACCUCGAAUGGGAAAGAUUACUUCUGCUGCCAUCCAUGAGAAUGACCAUCAAGUCACUAUUACGUUAAAUUAUGCUCUUGCUAUUAACAAGGGUGUUCAUACCAAACCAGACAAGUUCAGUAAUCAUUACCUGAACAGCGUAACAGAGGGCAGAGAUGAACAGGAUGGCAGUCAGACUAGUUCUGGCAAAGAAGACCAUAAUCUUUCAUAUUCAAGAGGGAAAAUAAAGAGAACAAAAUCAAGAACACUCACAGAAAAAGAAGAUAACCUCCCGCCAGAGUCCAGACAACUACUGGAUGAAUUGGGUCCAAAUGGGAAAGGAAGAAUCACCGUGAUAGAACAGUUGCUUAGUGAAGGAGCUGACCCAAACUGCACCAGCGAUGAGGACCGACCUGCUCUGACAGUGGCUAUCCUUAACAGGCACUCAGAAGUGAUCUCUCUUCUUGUACAGAAAGGCGCUGACAUUGACCAGCAGUCAGGACCGCACAAUAAUACCGCUCUCCAUGAGGCAGUUCUGCUUGGACUGGAGGGAAAGGAAUGUAUCCGAGCCCUGUUACGCUGCAAUGCAAGUAUCAAAAAGAAGAAUACAAAAGGGCGAUCAGCAUACGAUUUGGCUGUUACAGCUGGAAGUAAUGAAAUUGUUUCAUUGUUUGCAAGUGAGCUUGGUCAAGGAAUGUUGGACAGCCUCACAAAACCAAGGGACAUUGGUCUUGUCAGCAUUUGAUCACAACUGCCUUUUCUCCAAGAUGGAGUUCAAGGUUCUCCGAAUUCAAGAGAACUUAAACUCGCACAUCCAAUUCAGUUCAGUCCGCAGACUUCACUGAAUCAUACAAUAAACUCUGAUUAUUUUGUAAAA